AUGAGGAAUUCCCUGGUUAUAGCCUUUUCCAUAACCAUAUGCUUCAUUGCUUUUGUGAUAUCAAAGAUUUUCAUCUCGGCCCUCCUCUAUAAAAGAUGGAGAAGAAAGCACUUGAUUUAUGAAGAAGGUUAUCCAGGAGGGAAGAUGGUAAUAUUUAGGUCUUCAGUGCUUAAAUCUCUCGCAUCUGAUGUGGUCUUAAAGAAGACACAGAAGCUGAACAACAAGGACAUCAUUGGGUCUGGUGGUUAUGGUGUAGUUUAUGAACUAAAACUAAAUGACUCCACAGCCUUUGCUGUGAAAAGGCUAAACCGUGGAACUGCAGACAGGGAUAAAGGUUUUGAGAGAGAGUUGGAAGCAAUGGCAGACAUAAAACACCGCAACAUUGUGACUCUUUAUGGAUAUUGCACUGCCCCACACUACAAUCUUCUCAUAUAUGAGCUGAUGCCCAAUGGAAGUUUGGAUUCCUUUUUGCAUGGGAGAUCAAUGGACAAGAAGGUUUUGGAUUGGCCAACCAGGUACAAAAUAGCUUUAGGUGCUGCUAGAGGAGUAUCAUAUCUUCACCACGAUUGCAUCCCUCACAUUAUCCACAGAGACAUCAAGUCAAGUAAUAUAUUGCUGGAUCAAAAUAUGGAGGCCCGAGUUUCUGAUUUUGGAUUAGCCACGUUGAUGGAACCAAAUAAAACUCAUGUUUCAACAGUUGUGGCUGGAACUUUUGGAUACUUGGCACCUGAAUAUUUUGAUACAGGAAGAGCAACAGUCAAAGGGGAUGUUUACAGCUUUGGAGUUGUGUUACUGGAGCUUUUAACUGGGAAAAAACCCAGUGAUGAAGCAUUUAUGGAAGAGGGAACCAAGCUUGUCACAUGGGUGAAGGGUGUUGUUCAAGAGAAGAAGGAGGAGUUAGUUCUUGAUAAUAGCUUAGGGUCUUGCCCAAUGCAAGAGGUCAACAAGAUGUUCAACAUUGCAAUGAUGUGCCUUGAACAAGAUCCCUUGAAUAGGCCAACCAUGGCUGAGGUUGUCAACUUGCUUGAGCAAACAGAACCAGACAAACUUGUUUCUGCAUCUUGAUGUUC